AUGACCACUCACACAAUUCUUGUCCUCCGUGGUGAUGGGAUUGGCCUCGAAAUUACCGCAGAAGCCGUCAAAGUCCUCUCCGCUUUCUCUUUGAAAAAACGCACUUUUGACCUCCGCAGCGAGCUAAUCGAUGGCUGCAGCAUCGACACCGACGGCACCCCAAUAACAAAGACUGUCAUACAGGCAGCUCUAGACUCUGACGCGGUUCUAUUUGCCUCCGUGGGCGGGCCCAAGUGGGACGGUGUCCGACACGACCUAGAGGGUCCUGAGGGCGGACUUCUGCAGCUGCGAAAGGCGAUGAAUGUAUAUGGCAACCUGCGACCAUGCAUCUCGCUGUGUAAGGCGGUGACGAGAGAGUUUAGCCCGUUUAAGGAAGAAGUGGUGGAAGGUGUGGAGUUUUUGGUGUUGCGGGAGAAUUGUGGAGGGGGGGGGGGGGGGCGCAUAUUUUGGACGAAAGAUGGACGAGCAGGAUUAUGGUAG